GGAACCUCAGUCUGGCCGGAGUUAAAGUUUGUGGAAUUUCGUUCAAACUCUUGACGAAUGUAAUGGAUCAAAUAUAUUCCCUUAUCUAAUGUUUUCUUUGCCUGGCAGCUUGUAAUUCGCACAAGAGGUUUUUGUGGCGAAGGUGUGGAUUCGUCGAUCAAGUUUACAAAACCCCUGGCGAUGGUUAUGUAGCAGCGGUUUGUUGAUAAUUUCGUGGCAAUUAGUAGAUUUUAUACGUUCCGUCAUGCAUUCAGUAGAUGGCUAGUAGUGUUGCCAAGCUGAAACCACUGUCAUCAGUGAUCGUUGAGCCCGAUGAAGUCCUCGUACAAAAUAUGGAAGAGAAUGAAGUGCUAGCAGGACUAGCUAGUAACAGUGAUUCGGCAAGAAAAGCGGACAUUUUGGACGAGCUCCGAGCAAACGCGCGGCGAAAUGGUGGUCGCUUACAAUUUGACGACCGACUUUCUCUAUUUCGCGUUUUGCAGGAAGCGCUGGCCGACCUAAACUCAAACACACGACUGCGUUGUACGGAGUUUUUGUGUGAAAUCAUCCCAGAAUUUGGAGAAGAUUUAGAUAGCUGUAUGACUUUCGUUCUUCCUCAACUCGUGUCAAACAUCGGAGACAACCAAGUCUCGGUGAAGAAAUCUGCUAUUCAGACGCUGCAUGUGUACAUGAAGCAUUCUUCGCAAGUCAGCGCUGUUUUGAACGCUAUCAUCGAUCACGGGCUUGAAAGUGACAAUAGGAGAACAAGGACAGAAAGUUUAGUUGCUUUACCAAUUCUCAUAAUGCCAAAUCUGGCCCACGAAGAUCUGUUUACGUUGACAAAAGCGCUCGUUGGUAGGUUGGAAAACUCAUCGAGGCCCGAAACUUCACCUGCUGUUAUCUCCCUCGAAAGGAUAAAAAAUGUCGUAGGAUCCUCAAUUUUCGAUAGCUACCUUAAUCGCUUAUCCCCUGACCAGCAAAAUGUAUGCAUACUGGCCCUUCAAAACCGUAGUUCCGACCCUGUGAAAGAUCUUGAGGUUCUUGGAGGUCGCAAAGCUAAGAGCGCCGGUCACUUGAACACAAACGGGAUCAUCGCAGAAGUCGAACGACCAGAAAGGGGAACUGUACUGGACAGAGGACAUACUAUUGCGAUGAGUAACACUGCUGAUGAUUUUCUUGACGCAAACUACGGACCACUGGAGUUUGGGUUUGUUCCUGUGUCAGUUAUGUCAAAACUUCGAGAUCAAAGCAAUUGGAGGAUGAGAGCACAGGGAAUUGAAGAGUUGAAGACUCUAACGGGACAGCUGACCGAUACAGAACCUCUUCACCCCAAUCUAGGAUCACUCUUUGAAUUACUUCUUGAUUUCCUAGAUGAUGUGAAUUUUAAAAUUGGUGUCACAAGCCUUCAAAUUAUUGGAUUACUGGUGGCUAAGCUUGGCGUGAGUGUACGUCCUGUACUCAAGCGUCUUCUGUUAGCACUUUCAAACAAAUUAGGAGACAAUAAAAUUGUGAUCAGGCAAGAAAACAUGAAAGUGCUAAUGCAGCUUAUGCAAAUCCUCUCUCCUAAUGCUGUACUAUCUGUGCUGACUACAAACUUACAGCAUCGAAACUCCAGAGUACGUGAAGAAACUGUCAAUGUUUUCAUUGCUGCUUUACUAACAUUUCCUAGCUCAGACUUCAAUCUACCAGACUUGACCAACGCAAUUGCUCCAGCUUUGGUAGACAGCAAGAGAAGAGUGCGACAAGCAGCGUUGGAAGCCUUUGCCGUGAUAGCACAAGCAAUGGGACCUGGACGCAUUCAACCAGUAGUGUCAGCGGUCGAUGCCAUUGAGCUUACUUUGGGUGGUGAUGGUGUUAUGGCUGCUAUCACUGCCAGGUUAGCACGCCGGCAGCUCCCUCGCCUCAACAGAGAUGGCUUGGUUGAGUAUGCUGUCCCAAUGCCCUCAUCUGGAACUAUUAGGGGUCAGAACAACACACCGCGUGGUGCUGAUAUUGAUUGGAUAUUGGCUGGUACUACAGGGACUGGCUCUGCUGAUCCCUCGGGUACUGCUCGAUCUACACCAGGACUUAACGACUCUUUGAAUAUGUCAGGGCCUAGUCCUCGAAGAUUCUUUAGUGCAGGAAAGAAUAGACUACCGUGGGAAGGAGAGCAGGGUCGAGAUGGCAACCAGCCAGCUCCUGACAAUGUUGAACCAAUACGUCCACCAAUGAAACUGAAUUCAUGGGCUCCCACUGAGAUAGUGAAUGACCGAGCUGUGAAAUCUACACCUCAGCCACGAACAACAUCAUUGUCAACUCCACAGAAGUCAAAGCUAACCACCUCUUCUUAUGCUGAAAAGUACCAUGCAAUGAGCAUGCAAAGGGCAAACCAAGUAUCUGAUCGACAUGCCUCCAAGGCCACAGAAAACACAUCGGGAAGCUCCUAUGCUGAAAUGCACAGGGCAAAGGUCAAGAAAGACAAAUCUAAGAUUGGCCCUGUGGUGAAUCUGAAUCAGACAGCUCCACCUGGUUCUGGAAGUGCUGUGAAUAGUUAUGCUCUUUUAUACAAGCGUGGCACGAUUACAACAAAAGCAAAAGCCAGUAGCAGCGCAGAGCCAGCAGUUGGUGAACAGACACCUAAGGAAACAGUGCAGAGAAAUGCUCAAUCUGUCACUCCUACUCCUUUCUCUCUGCAGAGUUCUUUUUCAUCGGGUGAAGAAGAAUUGUUUCCUACCUCACAGAGAAAAGCUUUUCCAAUGUCGCUAUCCAGUUCUUGGCCUGACUGGACUGAAAUGAGAAGCGAGAUGAAGCCUUUUGGUAGACUCUCACCUGUUUCUCACACUACGCCCAUAGACAUGGACACAUCUACUGAACAAGUGGACGGUGAAUCAAAGAAAAGUGCAGAUGUUCCUCAAACACCCAUCCACAUGAAACCCCAGCUUGCACGAUCUGCAUCCAAGACGCGAGGCCUGAGGGCUCCUGAAGUAGGAGAAACAAAAAAAGGUGAAAUCCAACCGGGUGUGAUAGACUUUCUAGAUAUGACGCCUUCACGCCCUCCUCAGCUGGCGCCUGUUACUAAGACUGGGAGUAUUCCACCCCAAGACUCCCUUAGCCAAGUUCACAAGCAAGGAGACUUAAAACGAGCACUGAAAAUGUAUUCUGUGGUCACUGAUGGUGAAGAUGGACGAAGUCGGACUCCUUCACCCUCUGAGAAUAACAAUGAACCUCCUUACACCUCACUGUUUGAAAAUACUGCAAGAUUGUCAAAACUACCUACCAAGCCAGAAUCCCCUUUUGACAGCAAGCCACGUAUCGCAAGAACUCCAAUCCAUUCCAGAAGACUCUCGGCAGGAACUCCACUGCAACUUCAAAGUCCAACACCUUUACCUACCAAACAUUCAGACCUGGAUAAUCCAGGACUUGGCGUAACAGGUUAUGGUCUCUUGGGAACCAGGGACGGCAAGGCAACUGAUAAUUAUCCACUAGAAAAUGGUGUGCAUUAUCGUGAAGAUAAUGAUAAGCAGAGCAAAACGUCAGGAGUGGGUAGCAGCAUGUCGAGUAAGGAUGAUAUACUGGGAAUGCAAAGAGUUGAAGUUGUGGGGCAAGGGCUUCUAAGAUUGGAUAAGCAGCACAAAGCAGAGGAUGAAGUAAAGAGUCAGCUACAGUAUGAAACAGAAGAGUCGGAUGAAGGGGUUGAGGAUGAUGAUGGAGAGGAAGAUGAAGAUGAUGACGAAGAAGAGGAAGAGGAAGAGGAAGAGGAAGAGGAAGAGGAAGAGGAGGAUGAAGAAGAAGUUAGAGAAGAUGAAGUAGUAGAAGAAGAAAGUGGAACAGAGAGCGAAGAGGAAUAUCCAACUCCAUCAGAUUCACAAGAGGCUGACAUCUCAACUAACACAACAACAACAUUGACGAGCACUGAAACAUCGACUUUCAAGAGUGAAGAGAGCUCUGACAGCCUGGAAGAUAGUGACGAGGAUAGCGACUCAGGAAUAAGAGGAACCUCUCAGAACCUGAGGGAUAUGACACCAAAAACCAUGAGGAAAAGCCUGUCAAAAUCAACACGGGAGAGGAUGGAAAGAAGGAGGCAAGAAGAAGAAGGACGACUUCAAAGGGAACAUGAAAGGUUGGAGGAGUUUGAAAAGGAGCGUAUGAGACAAGCACAAAUUCAGCGUGAGGAAGAAGCAAGGUUGAGGCAAAAAAUCAUGAAGGAGCAGGUAGAACUUGGAAAGAUGCUUGACAGGAAAGAGAAGGAACGGGAAUUAGAAAGAAAGAAGCAACAGCAGCUUCAGGAGGAAUUGCAGAGACAGGAGAAGGCGUUGAAAGAUCGGCUACUAAAGCAACAGGAGGAGCUAGAAGAGAUCGAACAAGAGAAACAGCGUGAACGGGCAAGACAGAAAGAGAGAAUGAGAGAAAGGAUGAAACAGAAACAGAAGCAGAAGGAAGCAGAGCUUCUUAAAGCAGAGGCAGAACGGAAAGAAAAGGAACAACAGCAAGAAGAGGAAUUACGGAGAAAACUUGCAGAGAAGGAAGCAGAGUUGAAGAGGAAUCAGUCAAGGAGAGCAAAGGAAAAUUCUGCUGCAUCAGAAAACAAUGAUCUAUCUGUAACAGGGUCUAGUUCGCCACUUAAGUCAAACAGAAAACCUCCUGUGGGAGGUUCACCUAAGAAGAAAACGCCUGUCUCCUCGGCACAAUCUGAACGAGAUCCCAGCUAUGCUGUUACAGAUGAUCCAUCUGAGAUCAGACGGCACUAUGCUGCAUCAACUGGAAGCAAUGCAGCUCAGUGCUGGGAAGUUGGUUUGGAAGAUUUGCAGCCCUUCAAUAAUCCAGACAGUGCUCUGCGAGAAGCAAUCAAGUAUCUGGCAAACACUGAAGACUGGCAAUUGUAUAUUUUAAGUCUUGAACUUGCCAUGUAUUUUCCAGCAGAUGUUCCUCAAACACCCAUCCACAUGAAACCCCAGCUUGCACGAUCUGCAUCCAAGACGCGAGGCCUGAGGGCUCCUGAAGUAGGAGAAACAAAAAAAGGUGAAAUCCAACCGGGUGUGAUAGACUUUCUAGAUAUGACGCCUUCACGCCCUCCUCAGCUGGCGCCUGUUACUAAGACUGGGAGUAUUCCACCCCAAGACUCCCUUAGCCAAGUUCACAAGCAAGGAGACUUAAAACGAGCACUGAAAAUGUAUUCUGUGGUCACUGAUGGUGAAGAUGGACGAAGUCGGACUCCUUCACCCUCUGAGAAUAACAAUGAACCUCCUUACACCUCACUGUUUGAAAAUACUGCAAGAUUGUCAAAACUACCUACCAAGCCAGAAUCCCCUUUUGACAGCAAGCCACGUAUCGCAAGAACUCCAAUCCAUUCCAGAAGACUCUCGGCAGGAACUCCACUGCAACUUCAAAGUCCAACACCUUUACCUACCAAACAUUCAGACCUGGAUAAUCCAGGACUUGGCGUAACAGGUUAUGGUCUCUUGGGAACCAGGGACGGCAAGGCAACUGAUAAUUAUCCACUAGAAAAUGGUGUGCAUUAUCGUGAAGAUAAUGAUAAGCAGAGCAAAACGUCAGGAGUGGGUAGCAGCAUGUCGAGUAAGGAUGAUAUACUGGGAAUGCAAAGAGUUGAAGUUGUGGGGCAAGGGCUUCUAAGAUUGGAUAAGCAGCACAAAGCAGAGGAUGAAGUAAAGAGUCAGCUACAGUAUGAAACAGAAGAGUCGGAUGAAGGGGUUGAGGAUGAUGAUGGAGAGGAAGAUGAAGAUGAUGACGAAGAAGAGGAAGAGGAAGAGGAAGAGGAAGAGGAAGAGGAGGAUGAAGAAGAAGUUAGAGAAGAUGAAGUAGUAGAAGAAGAAAGUGGAACAGAGAGCGAAGAGGAAUAUCCAACUCCAUCAGAUUCACAAGAGGCUGACAUCUCAACUAACACAACAACAACAUUGACGAGCACUGAAACAUCGACUUUCAAGAGUGAAGAGAGCUCUGACAGCCUGGAAGAUAGUGACGAGGAUAGCGACUCAGGAAUAAGAGGAACCUCUCAGAACCUGAGGGAUAUGACACCAAAAACCAUGAGGAAAAGCCUGUCAAAAUCAACACGGGAGAGGAUGGAAAGAAGGAGGCAAGAAGAAGAAGGACGACUUCAAAGGGAACAUGAAAGGUUGGAGGAGUUUGAAAAGGAGCGUAUGAGACAAGCACAAAUUCAGCGUGAGGAAGAAGCAAGGUUGAGGCAAAAAAUCAUGAAGGAGCAGGUAGAACUUGGAAAGAUGCUUGACAGGAAAGAGAAGGAACGGGAAUUAGAAAGAAAGAAGCAACAGGAGCUUCAGGAGGAAUUGCAGAGACAGGAGAAGGCGUUGAAAGAUCGGCUACUAAAGCAACAGGAGGAGCUAGAAGAGAUCGAACAAGAGAAACAGCGUGAACGGGCAAGACAGAAAGAGAGAAUGAGAGAAAGGAUGAAACAGAAACAGAAGCAGAAGGAAGCAGAGCUUCUUAAAGCAGAGGCAGAACGGAAAGAAAAGGAACAACAGCAAGAAGAGGAAUUACGGAGAAAACUUGCAGAGAAGGAAGCAGAGUUGAAGAGGAAUCAGUCAAGGAGAGCAAAGGAAAAUUCUGCUGCAUCAGAAAACAAUGAUCUAUCUGUAACAGGGUCUAGUUCGCCACUUAAGUCAAACAGAAAACCUCCUGUGGGAGGUUCACCUAAGAAGAAAACGCCUGUCUCCUCGGCACAAUCUGAACGAGAUCCCAGCUAUGCUGUUACAGAUGAUCCAUCUGAGAUCAGACGGCACUAUGCUGCAUCAACUGGAAGCAAUGCAGCUCAGUGCUGGGAAGUUGGUUUGGAAGAUUUGCAGCCCUUCAAUAAUCCAGACAGUGCUCUGCGAGAAGCAAUCAAGUAUCUGGCAAACACUGAAGACUGGGAGGUGAAAUGUGAGGGAAUUCAAGGAAUCCGUCGGCUUGCGAAACAUCACGCAGAAGUAUUGAUCACACAAUUACACACAGUCACUCUUGCUAUCAUAGGAGAGGUCAAGAACCUUCGAUCACAAGUUUCCCGUUCAGGUAUCUGUUGUCUUGGAGACAUGUACACAACUCUCGGCAAGCACAUGGACAAUGUGAGUACAGUAAACUACCAGGAAAAAUUGGUCCCAAUGUUAGAAAGUCCCCCCUUUGCCACUACAUUGAGCAGGGGGNUCACUGCAAAAAUCCUGCUAGGAAAAGGCGGUGAAACAAGCGGGUUUAUCAGAGAUGAUGUGGAGAAAGCUUUAACAGCCAUGGUCUGUUCUCUUACUCCCACACGAGUACUGUGCUCGCUGAUAUCAGGAGGAGCCAGUCAUCGCAAUGUAGCCGUUCGUAAGACCACUGCCCAGUUUCUCAGCUUGCUCGCCGAGCGCAUGGGAGCGAGUCGCUUGAUGAGUGGAGCAAAAGAUGUCACAGAAAAGAUCUUACCCACUGCUGCUCAGUUUGUCACGGAUGGAGGGCCAGAGACCAGAUACUACGGACGCAAGAUUCUGCACAUUGUUUACGACCAUCCCGAAUUUGAGAAGCUCGUGUCCAAACACGUGCCGUCCAAUCUACAGAAAAACGUGCGUGACACUGUAGAGAAUCUGCGGACUAAGGGUCUUGGCGAUCCCCCCUCGGACCUAUCCUCUUCCGCCAGGCAGCGGAAGCCGGCAUCCGGUGGUGGGGGCUCCCGAAGCGGUGGGGUACGGGGAUCUGUGGCUGCUUCCCCAUCUUCGAAUGCUAGCUCAAGAGAGUCGUCACGGAGUGGUAAGCCUGUGGUUCGAGAUGGACUAGUUCAGAAUGAGGAGGCGAUCCCGAACCUGGUCAACUCUCUACAAGCCAAUGAUUGGAAAGAACGACAGCAAGCCGUCGACCAGUUUGUUGAUUUGGUGCAGUUGAACCCUGAUGGCCUGGGACCGAAGUUUACUAAGGUUUUCGAUGCUUUCAUUCCUCGACUUCAGGACUCCAACAGUAAAGUUAAUCUUCGUGCCCUUCAGUGCCUCCCCAAGAUCCUUCCCUGCUUGGCCAACCAGUCCGGAGCCCUGGUACCCCCUGUAGUGGCCGCACUCACAUCGAACUUCGCUUCCAAGAACGCGAAUAUCUUCUCCACGGCAGAGGAAGCUCUCGAUGAGCUGAUCAGAUAUAUAGACAACACUCUCCUCGUUCAACCAUUUUGCACUACGACACAAUAUGGAAGCAGCCGAGUAAAACCGAUCAUGGUCGAUAAGUUAGCAGAUAUUGUACCCACCGUGUACGCACGGAAGCCGCAAGUUAUUUCCCGCUAUGUUCUUCCCUUGCUGUGGAAUCUUCUCAACGCCAAUAAUGGCAGCGCUGGAGCCGGUAACAGCGCUCUCAAGACGUCAACGACUCGGCUAACUACCACACUGUACGCAUGUAUGGGUCGAGGCUUGACAGAGCAGGCAUCUGGUCAAGUGCCGAGAAUACAGGAUAAAAUUCACGAGAUUAUUGGCUCAUGACACUGGAGUCAAGCUCGGGUAAUUCUUGGCGGACUCUCGGAAUGUCCUCGGAACACUUCGCUCUGCACGAACGAGUCUUCGAUUUUUCGCUAGUUAGCAGAGUUCUUAUUCGAGGGUUAUUCGUCUUAAAACUCUUUGAACUAGCGAUUCUUGUUCAUAGCAUCCUAAGUUAGGACCACAACAGUAAAAGUUUAACUUUAAUUUAUUAUAAUUAUGAUAACUCUCCGUAGGUAGGGAGUUAGUAAAUUAAUCUGCAGUUCUCAUAAAUUAUUUUAGUGCAACCGUGUAAUGAUAAAUAUUGAGGAACAUAACGUAGCAAAGUACAGCACGAUGCUAGUAGUCAGAAAGUAUUGUAUUUAUGUGUGUGAGUCUUUGUGUAAUUGGCUCGGUCACUCUCUUUUUGGGUGAUAAGUGCUUACGUUCUUUAAUUGGUCUCGUUAAGACGAUAAAGAGUGUUGUCCAAUAAGUUGUAGAAUUUUAAGAUUUCGACAACACCAGCAGCUAUCUUGCUAUUUGCCUCUCACUGGACCCAUUGGGAUACCGAGUAUAUAUUUUUUUCUGACAAAGCAUAUUUGCAACCAUUUUUGUCCUUGCCUGACCUCAAAACUUGGAGUCCUCAGUCAUUUUAUUAAGCGCUCAAGUGCUUUGUACUUAUUUUAUUGCGUGACUUGGUAGUUCAUAAAAAUUACAACUAAAUAGCCUUAUUUUAAACUACGACAUUUUCAUGCUCUCUGUACAAAGAAUUCGAAAAAUGAUUUUAAGUCCUGAUCGAUGGGAAACGAACGGAAACUUCAAAUCUUCUGCUACUCAGUGGACCUGAAAACGACAGUGGAAUUGCAGAAGUUGUUAUAUCACAUUAUUUUUGUAACGUUACAGAUUUUUAUUUGUGCAACAGUUGUAAGCGUGUAACUGACAUGUAGUAUAGUAUAUUUAUUACAAGUGAUAUUCUUGUUUUCAGAGUAGCAGAUGGGCAGCAGAUGAGCGUUAUUUCACCGCUGACCAGUUGCGCGCUGACUCUGGGAACUAGACUGUUAACUGAACAAGUGUAUUUGUGUCGCUAUAGAGGCUUUUUAAAGGCUUUCGCGUCUAUCGGUUCAUUAGAACUCUCUUAGGUCAGCCAUUUUAGCGGGGCUCAACGAAUGUUAGAUAUUGUUUUAUGCCCAUUCUAGGGGAGAUUGCAUUUUAAAGAAUUUAUUCAAUUUAGAUUCAAGUUGGUACUAACACAAUGAGAGUGGAAAUAAAUCUUGAAACUUCGA